AUGCCUCUAGAACAGAUUCGAUCCGUCGCAGCGCUCAACUCAUCCGAGUCGCUGCGGCGCGCCAGCUACUUCGACUACACCCCGUCUUCUUCUUCCUCGUCUGCAACCGUCAAUUCUCCAUACUAUCGUGACGAUCCCGGCAGUGACGAUGAAAGGGACCCUGCCGAAGGAGAGGGUGAGGACCAGUACUCCGAUCGCACCAAAACUUACUCGACACCCUCUCUCAGGUGCGAGUCAAUGAGUCUGGCCAAGCUUGGAGGCGUGGGAGGUGUUACCCGCUCAGGUAGCUGGGGUCGCAGCUCGCUACCGGAGACGUCUCUUUCCUCAGGGCAUUCCGGUGACGACAGCCGACCUUACCAUUCCAAGCCACAUCGAUCUUCGCUAGCUCAUUAUCAGGAAGAUUCCGAAGAGGAAGACUCAGAUCGUAUAGCAAGCGCCGACAGUGAGCAAUCUUCAGCUUUGCCAACCUCAUCCGCUACCACCAAUGUGCCAGAUCGACGCAGUUCUGAGCCCGAUCACGUCUCAGCCGACAGAGCAUCAAAAUACGAUCCGCCACUUUCAGCUUCUGCGGAUCAAUCUCACUCUUCGGCAGCUCCCACUUCCUCCCGCACAUCGACAGCUUCUUCUGCUGCUGCAUUCUCUCUCCGCUCUCUCUCAAAUCGCACAUCGACAGGAAGUGUUUCCAGCCUGGCAUCCUCGGUCGUAUCUCGUAGCGAGCUCGAUCGACUUACUCCCGCUCCUCCGACUGAGUCGCCAGUAUCGCUCGACACCACGCUCGCCAACAAGCUCCACUCCGACUUGACACUCACAUGUUCCUCUUCAACGACAUCUGCAACGGCUCCAUCCAGCCCAAAGCCAACGCACGCGACAACAGAAGCUGAACGCAACGUUGCUGACGGACAACAGAGCGACGAUGGUACGGAUGGGCAGAACGGGGAUACCACAGAAUCAACUCCAACGCCCGAUGAUACUGCCAUGGUAGAAGAACAGCUUUCCCAGGAGCUCGAGACACCACCGGCUGUUCUCACAUCGCCAGCACCCACCCGCAAGGCCGAAGAGCAGCUUCUGCCUGCCGCACAACUAUUGUCUUUGCCGCCAGCAGAGCAGCGUCAGCUCCUUGGAUCUCCAACAGCUGAGAACAGUAUGCAGCCCAGCGCAGAAGAGCUGCUCUCUUCCUCUGCCACCAACGUCUUCUUGCCGCUCGUUCCGCGUCGUCAUUCCGGUAUGAUCAUGUUACGUUCCCGCUCGCAAUUGGCCUUGCAUCCUGGUUUGACCAUGACGUUCACAAGUGCAGACGGAGGUCGAGCUGCUGCUCGUGAACGAGCGCGAAAGCAGACCGGCUGGGAGAAUGCACCUUUCAGCGUUCUCGAGGCGCAAAGGCAUGCACCUAGCUUCGCCUAUUCACAACCUGCCUCACCAGGCACGACGACUCCUACUUGGGACCCUUCAUCCGCGUCUCUCUCGCUGCAACCUGCCUCUUCAGUAACAGAGCUAGCAGGCACUCGAUCGCCAAAGCUUUCGUCGCAGCCUUUGGAGCAACCUGCAUCUUCGCCACAAUCUCCAUCGUCCCUUCAUCCUCUCGCCAAGCCAGCAAACGUUGCCGGAUCUCAAAGAUCGCAAGCUCUGUUGCGGCAAAAAUCCGAACGUACCCUGUCUCGUGCAGCGUUGGCUAGGCUCGACACUGUUUUGAGCUACCAAGGCCUUGAAGCUUCCGAACCCGUUUUGCCAGCAUCCGCCAAUGCCGCUACGACCUCGAUGCCACAGGGCAGCAGGAUGCCUCCUGUAAGAUCGCCGUCCGGCUCUGUCAUCCUCGGUUCUGCCAGUUUGCUUCGCACACCAACGACCGAGGAAUGGUCGCGCUACCUGGAAAGCCAGGGCGUUGGAUUGGCAGGGCGCAGAAGCCGAAGCGGCACCAACUUCAGCUCCAGCUCGUCGGUGCAGCGAGGAAGCCGUCUGGCAUUGUCAGGCUCGCAAUCGGCGUCGAGAGUCAAUCUCGAAGCCGGCGCAGUUGACUACGGCGACGACAGUGAUAUGGACAGUGAUGAUUCGGACGACCAUGGCCUAGGCGUUGAGGUGAUGGAGAAGCUCAAACAGCUGGGUCUCAGCCGUGCAGCCAGCAGAGCAGGCUCCGUACUCGGCGACGAGUUGGGCAGCUUGCACGAGGAGGACGAAGACAACCUUUCGCCCGUGUCACCCCAGGUGGGCAAAAUCUUGCCUCAAACGGAUUUGACUCCUCUUACCCCACUGGCCUCGGACAACAAGGCACUCCCCAAGACGCAGGGUAGCCCCCUGACAGUGAUGAACGAUAGCUCUGGAACGCCUCAGCCAAUGCUGGAUCGAGGGACAACGCUUCGCCUUCCACGCAGCAAGAGACCAACCGUCUCCGGAGACGUUCAAGGUGCAGCGCAACUCUACCCGCAGGAUUACAAUGGCGAGAAGAGCAUCGCUGACUUUGAGAUUGUCUCGGACGUCGGACGGGGAGCGUAUGGCUUGGUGAAGAAGGCAAGAAAGAAGGGUCUUGAUGGCUCUCCUCAGGGAGACGAGGUAGUCAUCAAGUACAUCAUCAAGAGCCGCAUCCUUGCCGACUGCUGGCGUCGGCACCGUGUCCUCGGUCCCAUCCCUGUCGAGAUCCAUGUCAUGGACCAGCUCAGACGCAUCGCAUACGUCCCGCCCGUCAAGCCGCGACCCUGGGCACCUAAGCGACCCAAGACUCUUGAAGAGUAUCGCGCUCGCAAACGGCUCGAGGCGGAACGAGGGGAAGCAUUGGGCAAAACGGGCUCUUCGGCACCCACAGCGACAGCAACAUCCCAUCCCAACAUCUGCAGGAUGCUUGACUUCUUCGAAGACUACGAAUUCUACUACUUGGUAAUGCCCUGUUUCGGCCGCGGCCAAGAUCUCUUUGACCAUGUCGAGAGCGCGCCUGAUGGUCUCGCUGCAUCACAGUGUCGAAGCAUCUUUGGCCAGGUUGCGGAUGCGCUCUGGUUCUUGCACGCCAACAACAUUGUCCACCGUGACAUCAAGGACGAGAACAUCAUCUUGGAUGGAGAGGGCAAUGCACAGUUUAUCGACUUCGGAAGUGCAGCACAUGUGCGGCCUGGAAAGCUGUUCGACACGUUCAGCGGCACCCUCGACUACGCAGCUGCCGAGAUCUUGCAGGGAGAGAAGUAUGCAGGUCAGGCACAGGAUGUCUGGGCGCUUGGUGUCGUUGGCUUUGUGCUGCUCUGCGGAGAAUGUCCAUUCUGGAAUGGUGAAGAGGCGGUGCAAGGGCUGGAGGAGGGCACGAGAGCAGCACAAACCUUGAAAGAACGCUGCAUGAUUGCUCGUGGUGGACCUUCUGAUCCAGAUGCAGAUCUCGCUGACGAGGACUUGGAGAUGGCACCGCUCGACCCGGCAUGGUCGCCUUGCAAGGACAAGGAAGGAGUUGAGCCUGACGGCGGAGGACGAGUUGACGACUUUGUUGAUCUUAUCACACGCUGCCUUGAGCUCAACCCUGAGUCGAGACCAUCGGCUGAGCAGAUUUGUCAGCACCGCUUCUUGGCUGGCUAUGCUGGCUGGACAGGUCGAUGUGGUUGGCAACGGCUUAAAGCACCUCUGGUGCCGUCUUGCACCAAUAAUAGCGAAGCGAAAGCAAGCGCGUCUGGAGCGUCCACCACUGCUUCGGGUUAA